UGAGUUAAAAUGUGUCUGGGCAAGUCUGAUUAAGAUUUCAUGCACUCUGUUCUUCAACAGGCGUAAGACAUCUGGUCACCUGGAAUCUGGCAACCAAAUAGCACUUUAGGUAACAUGAAGAACAUUAUAGAAAAUCUAAUAACCACCCUCAUCCAAAGUUAACUGGGAACACGUUUCCUUCACCAUGUUUAUACAGCAUUCCAGAUUCCUGGGAAGUAGUUAAUAUCACACUCGGAGCGUUCCAGUGGAAAGUAAACAAACAUGACGAAGGACCUAAAGAGCUAAGCCCAAUCACGAUCACGCAUAUCCAUCUUAACAAUUUACAUGCUGAAACGCUUUCGAUCAAUAGUCGCUCAUAUUAUCUGUUAAUAAAUGUGUGAUAUGUAACAUUCAUUGAGCUCGUCCAACUUUGAGCGGCAUUUCAACGUAUUUUCAAGUGGGAUGCCUAUGGAGUUAAGUAUAAAGAAUCAACUAUUAUACAUAUCGUUAGCUAUACAGUCAUAGUUUGCUGAUUGACGGUGAAUACAAAUGUAAGUGAAACAGCGUAGCAGAGGGGGUUCAAAGUCAACGCGUCGUCUUGAUACAUGUACAAAGUGUAUUGUCUUACUUUCAAUGUGCAUCUUGUGGUCAACUAUUAUGUUUGCUUCUUCUUGGUGAAGUAAAACAAGAGUAAAAAUUCCGACGUCUUUGUUUACAUCAAACGGCCAGGCGCCAUCUUUUUCUUAUUCGUGCUUCCGGUGCUCGGAAGCGCGCCACCUGCUGUCUGGGAGUGGGACUCCAUCUUCCUGCAGUACAACCAAUGACAACUAUUGUGUGGUAUAAAUUGUUAAAAGUUGAUAGAAUGGUGGUAUGAAAAUUAGUUUUUGAGGAAGACGAUGAUGAUGAUGAACAAGAAGGUGUCUCAUGAGCAGAAAAACAAUUGCAAUUAGACCACAAUAAAGCAACAAAUGCAUAAAUAAACCCACGGACAAAUAGCAUGAAUAGUAGUACAUACUUUUAUGAGUACAUAAAAGCAACACUAAGUAGAGCGAGGGCUGAUUAAUCACUGGAGCCUGAUAUCAGUGGACCAGCCCAGACACAUCACAUGUUCCUUCAAACUCCUUCAGUUCAUCACUUCACCAUUUCAGUCAUUGAUUGACGGUCAAGUUCAAGUUGAAGAAGGCGCCCAACUUGACCUCUGGGUCACUAUCAGAAUCCAACCCUCCACAGAGGCUCCACCCUCCCCGUCUGUGACAGCUCCAUCUUUUUGGACAGACGAACACCAAGACAAGUGUCGUCUGGAUGUCUCCUCACAUUUGGAUUAAAAAGUUGAAAACAUGAAAUUGACAUGGAUGACGACGAUGAUAAUAACAAUGAUGAUGAGGAUGUCCUGCUCAGGUGUGGGCGGAGCCUCUGAGCUGUCCUUCCUAAAAGAGCCCAGUGAUGUCAUCGCCGUGAAGGACCGCCCACUGAUGCUGGACUGUCUGGUGGAGGGGGAGGGGCCUAUCUCCAUCACCUGGAGGAAAGAUGGUGUCGCUGUGGAAACAGGAGUGCUGGCAAAUGGAACGUUGCUCAUCAGCAGUUUUUCCAAAAAGAGGCGGGGCAAUGCAACAGAUGCCGGCGAGUACGACUGCGCUGCACGGAACCGCUACGGCAUGCUUAUCAGCCGCAAGGCCCGUGUGCAGCUGGCAUCCCUCCCCAAAUUUGUUUCCCACCCACAGUCAGUGGCGGUGGAUGAAGGGGGUGUGGCCAGACUCACCUGCCAGGUGAAUGGGAUUCCUGAGGCCAACAUCAGCUGGCACAAAGACCGACGCCCACUGAGCACCAAUGAACCCAGGUACACACUGCUUCCUAACGGUGUGCUGCACAUCAACGCCGUUCGCCAAAGUGACAGCGGAUUGUUUCGUUGCGUGGCAUCCAAUGUAGCCAAGACGCGCUACAGUCACGAGGCCCAGCUGUCCGUUACCCGGGCGGGAUCCAGGACCUACAAGGAGCCCGUCAUCCUAUCUGGUCCCCAGAACCUCACCAUCAACGUGCAUCAGACCGCCAUCUUGGAAUGCAUUGCCACAGGAAACCCGCGGCCCAUCGUGUCAUGGAGUCGCCUUGAUGGCCGCUCCAUCGGCGUGGAGGGCGUCCAGGUUUUGGGAAGUGGAAACCUGAUGAUCUCAGACGCCACGCUCCAACAUUCUGGAGUUUACGUUUGUUCCGCAAACCGUCCGGGAAGUCGAUCUCGACGUACGGCACUCGGACGCCUCGUUGUGCAAGCCCCUCCUGAGUUCGUCCACUGGCCCCAGUCGGUCUCCCGGCCAGCAGGGGGCAGCGCCGUCUUCAGCUGCUCUGCGACCGGCGUUCCCGAGCCCCACAUCAUUUGGCUCAAGAACGGAAAGCUACUCGGUCCGGGUACCAACGUCAAGCUCGCCAAUGGAAACACGACGCUGGCCAUCACCCGCAUUGCCCCCAAUGAUGAGGCCAUCUACCAGUGCAUUGCCGAGAACAGCGCUGGUGCCAACCAGGCCAGUGCCCGUCUGGCCAUCAGCCAUGGACCUGAUCUUCCAGAAGCCCCGAGUGGCCUUCUGGUCACGCCCCUUAGCUCAAGUAGCCUUCAGCUUACAUGGAACGAGCCACCAGAAGACGUCACCCAGCAUAUCAUUGGAUAUGUCCUGCAUAUUCGGAGGCUUGGAGAGGCUGACAGUGCAGAGCUACAGGAGGCUGUCAGUAAGACCACAUUCCGUCACGAGUUCUCCAACCUGGAAGCAGCCACCACUUACUCCAUCUACUUGAAGGCUUAUUCUGCUCUGGGAGGAAGUCGGCAGUCCAGUGUCGUCAUCUCUACCACACUAGGGGGCGUUCCCAGCCCUCCCAGUUUCUUCACAAAGGUUCUAAACCAGACAGCCAUGCAGGUGUACUGGGACCUGCCCAGUAAGCCAGGCAAGGUGGAGGGCUUUAGGCUGGAGUACAACAGGGUUUCUAACCCUCAUCUCAAGGGCCAGGAAACCUUUCCAGGACAUAUGAACACACACACCUUGUCCAACCUUGAACCACACUCACUUUAUGAGAUCCAGCUGGUGGCGUUUAACGGGAAUGGAGAAAGCCCAAUCACCCGACACCUUGUGUCCUUGGAAGAGGACAAAAACACUGCAGCGGGUCCGAGUUGCAAGUGCGACUGGUCUGAGAGUUCCAGGUGGACUGUGUUGCUGGGCAUCCAUGGUGGUGUGGCGUGUGUCCUCUGCUUGCUGCUCUUCAUCCUGCUGGGCUACAGACGAAGGAAGCCCCCGCCUGGUGUCAGUGAUGUCAGCGCUCCAGCUGAGGACGCUGAGACAAGGUGUGACUCCACAUCAUCCCCGGUGAUGGUCAUGUUGGAAAUGAUUCCACCACAUGACACUAACACCUCUCGCCUUUAGACCCCGCCCCCUUACAGCUUUACAUUAGGUCACAUGACUUCCUCCUUUCCACCGAAAGCCAAAAAAAGCGGACCCAAACAACCUUUAGAAGCUUCUAUAACUUGCUUUUGAAACCAAAAGUGUGCACACUGAGGUCCAUGUGGACCCCAGCCCUCAUCACAUGAGGAGGUUGUCUUCUUCAUGAUGCUCCCAGCACGUCUGCCUUCGACGUGUUCACAAACUUCAAAUUCUCCAACAUUUUGACCUCCAAAGAGAACCACCUUGACACCAAACCAUGUGACUUUUUAUACUACCAGUUUAUGCUCAAGAUCUACCUCAAAACCAAAUCCCCUCCCUUCUUUCCCAGACCAAGAUUUGUCUGAAAGGACAGACACACUAAUAUUGACACUGAAUAGAAAACUUUAGUCAAGUUAAAGUCGUUAGAUUUGCAUUUGGUGUUUCACCUUAAGUAAAUAAUGAGGUGGAUGGAUGACUGCCGUCUAAAGCAGACUUUUCUGAGAUGUCUUUGACAACGGAACCAAAAUAUGUUGUUCUUGUUUAGGUGAAGUGUGAUGCUGCUGCCACUGCUGUCCACACGAAGUAAUGCUUUAAACACAUGUCUAUACUCUUCGUAUAUUUUAUUUUCACGAAGAAAAAGAUGCUUUAAACUGUGUGUUACAUUUGAUGUUAGUUUCUUUCUUUUAGGCCAACCAAAUAAAGUAAAUGA